AUGAUCACUCGCAGCUUAGCUUUACUUUCCUCCCUUGCCAUUGCCGCCGCCAACGACGACGUUUUCCACCACUUGGGUACUCCAUCCUUCACUGGAGCCCAGGCGCUGGAGUUCCUCGACGAUUUCAACUCGUUUCAGAAAACCGCCGGCUUGUACGAGGCCUUGGGCGCUUACACACAGCAGAUUUUCGAGGCGGAGGCCCAGAGCGUGUGGGAAGAGUACUUGUGGGAGACCUACUGGUACGGAUACGAGAGCAUUCGUCAGAAGUACCCUGACGUUGCGCCUGUGACACCAACCGACCAGACCUUCCCUACUGAAUUGAUCGACUUUGAUUCAGACGAGUUGGACGAGAUCGAGCAGGUCUUCCACUCGGAGCUUUUCUCGAGCUUCAACGAGGAGCACCUGGUUCGUCGUGAGAGUGUCAGAGCUGCUGUAGCCGAGGCUGGUGUUCCAGUUGAAACCGGGGAGCCAGUGGAGACUGGAGUUCCCCAGGAGACUGGAGUUCCCCAGGAGACUGGAGUUCCCCAGGAGACUGGAGCCAACGUGACCAACGCAACCACCACCGGCACCACCCAGACCUCUCCUACUGGAACUGCCAUCGACACCGACACCGAGGAGACUGAAACCACGGAUGAAACCACGGAUGAAACCACCGAUGAAACCACGGAUGAAACCACCGAUGAAACUACUGCUGAAACGGCGGAUGAAACCACCACCACCGGGCCCACCGCUGCUGGAAACACCACCACUGCUGACAAUGCCGGUGCCCGUCCAGGCUACUACGCCGCUGGCGGUCUUGCUGGUGCCGUGGCGCUUGCCUUGUUCUGA